GACCCCCUGCUCCCGCUAAGCUCGAUCAGCGCUUCAGACUCUCCAUCGAUCGACAGCAAAUAGCAGCACGAACCAACCGAGAAGAAGACGAGGGCCUCCGUCCUCCCGCUCCCGAACCGCCGGCACGAUCAGCGCAGGAGAUUACCGGGGGAAAAAGAAAAUUCCAAUGGCUCGGCCGCAGCAGCGGUACCGCGGCGUGCGGCAGCGCCACUGGGGCUCCUGGGUCUCCGAGAUCCGCCACCCUCUCCUGAAGACGAGGAUAUGGCUGGGCACGUUCGAAACGGCGGAGGACGCGGCGCGCGCCUACGAUGAGGCGGCCCGGAUCAUGUGCGGCCCCCGGGCGCGCACCAACUUCCCGAAUUUCCCCGCCGCAGACGCCAUUAACGGCGCCAAUGCUUCCUCCGUCGUGGCGGCGGCGUCGGCGGCUUCCUCGUUCCUCUCCGCCGCGCUCGUCGCGAAGCUCCACCGGUUCAACACGGCGUCCGUGCAGGCAGCGCAGCGGCAGAGGGAGGCUGCUGCGGCGGCGUCAGCGUCAGCGGCAGCGGCCUCUGCCGCGAUGUCGCGGGGCGUCGACGCGGGGUGGAGCGGGGGCAGGCUUCUGGAGGAGCAGCACGUGGAGCAGAUGAUCGAGGAGCUGCUCGACUCCAACUUCUCCAUGGAGAUCUGCCAUUAGCUUACUAUUUAGCGUAGAGCCGAGCGCCAGUGCUCUGCUUCCUCUCUGUUUCUGCUGUUUCUUGGCGCGAAUGAGCACGUACGCGUAUGCUUGCGUGCCGCCUGCGGUUCCUGCUCUGUUUUUAGCACAGUAGCUGCCUGCCCGUUCCAGUCAGUAGGCUAUGUGAAGACUGAAGAACUCCUCCUAUUAGUUUGUUCAAGAGUUCUGCACAAGUAAGAAUGUAUAGUACAUUUAGUAA